AUGAACGAUUUCGAAUCAAAUCUCCCAAUUCCAAACCGAGAAAAGAACCACGGGAAUGCCCUCCCAGAGGUUUAUAGCUGCCAUCACCAAAGCUCCAUGGGUGCGGGUCAGCACCCAUGGCGGGCGAAACCAGAUCAAAAACAUUACCUCGAAGAUGACGAAGGCGUUGUUUACCGCCACGACGGCAGCUUACCACCGCGGCCACACUCGACAGUUCAGAAGAAGAGACAAGUCCUCGGUCUUGACCUCCCUAUCGCCAUCUUGACAUUCUCCCUCGCCUUCGUUACAGCCUGCUUGGUUGUAGUAGCCGGGCUGCUGGGGCACAAAGUAAUUCAGUUAGAAAGAACGCUUCCAUCAGUUAUUAAUACCCAAGUCAACACGAGCACCUCCCACCCACAAGAACAACAGCAACCACUUCUGCCCAUCUCCGCAAGUCUAACCGAAACGAUUCAAGUUAGCGUCCCUGGCUGGUCCUACUUUGGUUGCUAUUACGACAACUCUGAUCGCGUCCUCUCGGACUAUGUCCAGUACGACAAAGAAAACCUGACGAACCAGAUCUGUGCAGAUAAGUGCACAGAUAGGAUCUAUCAAUACUUUGGUACUACGAAUGGAAGGCGGUGCUUCUGUGGGUCAACGGCCGACAAACUCAAGAGGGCGCCGGAUUGGGGCUGCAACGCUCAAUGUCCUGGUCAAAAAAAUGUGUUUGAGGCUUGUGGGGGGCCGAGUUUCCAUAUUAGUGUUUGGAAGAAGACCUGA